AUGGGGUUGAGAAGAACUGAAAUCAACCUGAGGAGGUUGCUUGAAGCUGUUCCACACCAACAAAAUCAGUCAAAGCUCAUGCAUUAUGUUGCUACUUUACGAGAACAACUGGACCAACUGGCUGAAGAGAGAACCCCAGAAGGGCUACCCAGGGUUUCAAAAGCUAUGGUGAAUGAUUAUUCAGAGAAAAUUGAAGUGACCGCUGCUAUACUAGCAGUCCCUUCGGAGCCCUUUGCUUGGACAUCUGUCAGUGGAAGAAGCCCUUCUAAAGCAGAAGGGAAAAGUAUUUACCACUCUCCUGGAUUGAGGAGCAGAUUUGUAUCUCCAUCAAUUGUCGAAUUGAAGGUGAUCAAUCAGCACCUGUCAAAUUGGAUGCUGCAGCACAGGUGCACAUUGGAAAGCACAGGUAGUUGA